AUGCCCGACGUUAUAGACCCCCGCAUGAUGUCGGUCCAGCCGCGCAUACGGUACAACACGAUCGGCGGCAUCAACGGUCCAUUGGUCGUCCUCGAUAAUGUCAAAUUCCCACGAUACAACGAGAUCGUGUCCUUGACGCUGCCUGAUGGCACCGAGCGCUCUGGACAGGUCCUAGAAGCUCGAGGAAACCGAGCCGUCGUCCAGGUUUUCGAGGGCACCACUGGUAUCGAUGUCAAGAAGACCAAGGUCGAGUUCACCGGCCACAGCUUGAAGCUCGGUGUCUCCGAGGACAUGUUGGGCCGUAUCUUUGACGGUUCAGGAAAGGCCAUCGACAAGGGCCCCAAGGUGCUCGCAGAGGACUACCUCGACAUCAACGGCAGUCCCAUCAACCCCUACUCCCGAGUGUACCCCGAAGAAAUGAUCUCGACCGGUAUCUCUGCCAUCGACACGAUGAACUCGAUUGCCCGUGGCCAGAAGAUCCCCAUCUUCUCUUCGUCUGGUCUGCCCCACAACGAGAUUGCUGCGCAGAUUUGUAGACAGGCCAGUCUGGUCGGAAAGCCCACCAAGGGCGUACACGACGGCCACGACGACAACUUCUCCAUCGUUUUCGGUGCCAUGGGUGUCAACUUGGAGACGAGCCGUUUCUUCACCAAGGACUUUGAGGAGAACGGCAGUAUGGAGCGUGUCACCUUGUUCUUGAACUUGGCCAACGACCCAACCAUCGAGCGUAUCAUUACGCCCCGUCUUGCCCUCACCACUGCCGAGUACUACGCCUACCAGCUCGAGAAGCACGUCCUCGUCAUUCUUACCGACUUGUCUUCCUACUGUGACGCUCUCCGUGAGGUUUCCGCCGCCCGAGAAGAAGUGCCUGGUCGUCGUGGAUACCCCGGUUACAUGUACACAGAUUUGUCCACCAUCUACGAACGUGCUGGUCGUGUCGAGGGUCGCAACGGAUCCAUCACCCAGAUCCCCAUUCUGACGAUGCCCAACGACGACAUCACACAUCCCAUCCCCGACUUGACGGGUUACAUUACGGAAGGCCAGAUCUUCAUUGACCGUCAACUCGACAACAAGGGUAUCUACCCGCCUAUCAAUGUCUUGCCCUCGCUUUCCCGUCUGAUGAAGUCCGCUAUUGGAGAAGGCCGUACUCGUAAGGACCACGGCGACGUUUCCAACCAGCUGUACGCCAAGUACGCCAUCGGUCGUGAUGCCGCCGCCAUGAAGGCGGUCGUUGGUGAAGAGGCGCUUUCGUCUGAGGACAAGCUGUCCCUCGAGUUCCUUGAGAAGUUCGAGCGCUCUUUCAUCGCCCAGGGUGCCUACGAGAAGCGCACCAUUGAGGAAUCGCUCGACCUGGCCUGGUCGCUCCUCCGCAUCUACCCCAGAGAAUUGCUUAACCGUAUUCCCGCCAAGGUUCUCGACCAGUACUACUCAAGGAGUCGCAGCGAGAAGAAGGCGACGAAGGACACCCGGGACAACUCGGAGGAGCAGCAAGAGGGACAACAGGACGAGAACUUGAUCGACGUCUAAGCGUCAACUAAACAUAGUUAUGCAUGUAGUUUUGAGUUUGUGAUAGAUCACUGUGAGCGGCAUCUAUGAAAUUGCGUAUAUACG